UGUUGUUUUGUUUGUAAGGAAAAGGUACGGCCCGGGGUCACGUGACAGGGCAGUGCCUGCCGCCGAGCUCUCCUCCGGGGGCCAAACCGCGGAGUGAAAGCCUGCAGGUGGAGCGGAGGAAUACUUAGAUCAGCGCGAGCGGAGCUGAGGCUGAGCGGUCGUGUGGAGUCCCGAUGUUCUCAAAUCUUCCCCAGAACCAUGAAAAUGGUCUCCUGCAUCUGCCAUCGUCGCUAGCUGAGCAGCAUGGCUCCUGCUUCUGCUUGCAGAGAGGACACCAACAGCUCAUUAGAACUGCCCUGGAGGGUAACGCCAACAUAGAAACUCAACAACUUCCAGCCAAACUGGAUCUGUGUUUUACAAGUGGAACCUUCCCCCCUGAAGCAAUCACCCGUGGACAUCCUCUGUCCAUAAACAGGAUUCACAUGUGCAGAACCACGAGAUCGUGAGAGCCACAUACAGACGGAGACAUUGGACCAUGUUUCUGCUCUGACUUAUUGCUUUGGUGGCAGAGCUGGACUGUACAGCUCUCCCACUUCAUAAACUGAAACUUUGAGCCAUGUCUUUUCUGCCGACUCUCAGCAUCGUCUGUAGAUUGAUUAUUUGUGUUUGCUGUGGUGCAUUGAAUGACCACUACGGUGUCCCAAGAAACACCAUCCUACAUCCCAAUGAUCUGAAGGUGUUCAGAGAGGACAACAUCUACAACUACACAACUAUGCUGCUCAGAGAUGACCUCGGUGUGGUGCUGCUCGGGGCAAGAGAGGCCAUCUUUGCUUUGGAUAUCAACAACAUUUCUACCAGAAAAUCUGGGGUAUACUGGCCUGUGACUGAGGAGAAGCAGAGGGAGUGUACCUACAAGGGUAAACAAGCUGAGGUGGAAUGCCGUAACUACAUUCGAACCCUCCACAUCAUAAAUGACACUACAGUUUACGUUUGUGGCACAUAUGCUUUUAGUCCAAUCUGUGAUUAUUUGACAUUUGCUAAUGGGCAGCUUUUGCUGAAAGGAAAGCAGGAGGAGGGAAAGGGGAAGUGUCCUUUUGAUCCCUUUCAGAGAUACUCCUCCCUCAUGGUCGGAAAUGACCUGUAUUCUGCUACAUCCAUCAACUUCUUGGGCUCUGAGCCUGUGAUUCUUCGUAGCUCCGGCUUAGUAGCUCUUCGUAGUGACUUUAAAAAAAUCUGGCUCAAUGAGCCAAACUUUGUUUUCAUGGACAUUGUUGGCGAGAGUGUUGACAGUCCUGAUGGGGAUGACGACAAAGUGUAUUUGUUCUUUAGUGAGAACGCUGUGGAAUACGACUUCUACACUAAAGUCAAAGUGUCACGGGUGGCUCGUGUCUGUAAGGGAGACAUGGGCGGCCAGCGGACGCUGCAGAGGAAAUGGACGUCGUUCCUGAAAGCUCGUCUGGAUUGUUCUCUCCCUGAACCCAGCCUGCCCCUUAUUGUCCAGGACGUCUUCCUGAUGAAGCACAAUGACUGGAGAAAAGGUGUCUUCUAUGGUAUCUUCACACCACAGUCAGGCCUGUCCCAGGUGUCUGCAGUGUGUGCGUACAGCAUUUCUGAUAUUAGAAACAUUUUCAAUGGGGGAAAGUUCAAGACCCGCGUUGCUGUGGAAUCAUCCCAGGACAAGUAUGUGAUGUACAGCGGGGAGGUGCCAGUCCCGAGACCAGGAGCGUGCAUCAAUGAUGUGGCACGUAAAAUGGGGGUGAAUGAAUCGCGGCAGCUUCCAGACAAAACCCUCCAGUUUGUCAGGGACCGGCCCCUGAUGGACGACGCCGUCAGUCCGGUGACGGGUAGGCCUCUUCUGCUCAAGAGCGGACCUUUGCUGACUCGGAUUGUGGUGGACAGCGUGACUGCACUGAACCAACAGAAGUAUCACGUCAUGUUCAUCGGCACUGAGAAUGGAUUUAUCCAGAAAGCUGUCAACUACGCUGGGGAAAUGUUCAUCAUUGAGGAGAUUCAAGUGGUCGACAGCCCUGAGCCGAUCGGCAUCCUGCGCCUCUCAUCUAGCAAGGGCCACCUGUAUGCAGGCUCGGACAGCAGUGUCAUCCAGAUGCCAGUCAGUAACUGCAGACGCUACAAGAAUUGUGUGGACUGCGUCCUUUCCAGGGAUCCUUACUGUGCCUGGGACACCUCCUCUGAGCAGUGUUCCUCGGUACGGAGCUUGUCCACCUCCUCCAAGAAUACAGUGCAGAGUCUGGAGGAGGGAGACGUGUCGGAAUGUCCUGCACCAGAUCCAUUGGAAGCCGUGGACUUUCACCUAGUUCCUGGAAACAACCUCCAGCUGCCUUGCAGGCUUCACUCCAACCUGGCACAGGCCCACUGGCAAUUUUCUGACCAAACACUUGAGGCCAACAACAAAUACUACAUCUACAGCGAAGGCCUCCUCAUCCUGAACGCGUCUGAAUCGGACGCCGGCCUGUACAGUUGUGACUCCGUAGAGCAGAUCAGCAGCAGAACCUUCAGCCGGACCAUGGCUCUUUACAACGUACAGCUUCCCCCUGCCCCACCUGCCCCCCCAGUGGUUGUCAUUUCCACUCCAGGGACCACACUGGCAAAAUAUUCAGACCACACUCACACACAGACUCACACUCUGACAACAAAAGCAAAGGAACCUAUGCCGAGCCCGUUAUUACCUGAGAACCUAACGGCCAAUAGCAAAGUAAGCCACCUGAAGGUGUCUGUUGCUCUGCUGUCCUUGCUUUGCCUCUGCCUUUUGGGGGUGAUAUUUUGGUUCUGGGGUCGAAAACACUUGAAGUGUCUGAAGUUUGUGCAAACCCUCGGUGACAGGGAGGGGCGAAAGCUGUCGGCGGAGAAUAUAAACGGCCAGAACAGAACUUCUGAGACAAAACUCCUGGAGCCUGAGUCAGGAGCCGUCAUUGCCAACAAUAAUCACUCUCAUGUGGACUUCAGAGUGAAUGAGGACAACCACUUGGUCAAUAUUACAGCCUUGGAAGGUUUGGGAUAUAUACACGACGAGUCGGAGAUUUGACCACGGAGGCACAGGUUGAGAGGGUUCAAAAGGUUCUUACUGUCGACCCAAUCAUGAGAUCUGUUUUAUAUUACCUAAAAUUUCCACUUACUGGAGCUCAUGUUCUUUGUGAGAACAACAAAGUGAGCUUUAUUAUAAAAACUGAUUUGUAAAUCUCUUUGUUUACAGCUUUUGGUUCAAUAUAAUGUGUUUUGACUAUUUAUUUUUAUUUUUUUACAUCUUGUAAAGAAAAAACAAGCUAAGAAUCAACAGGGCAUUCACACCUUUGAAAAAGGUGACUGUUUCAGUCCAAAAGAUAUUCUGUCAGAGUUUAACUGUCAAUGAUUUAACUGUGCUGUUGUAUUUCCUGAUAGUUGUCGAUACCUCUGAUAUACUGCACAGAUGUGAUUACACUCCAAUAAUACCAUCUAUCAGUUGUAUAAAAAACUGCUCUUCUCAAAUGUUAUCUGGGGUUAACUUGUAAGCAGGGCACUUUUAGGCAAGGUACAUUGGUUUGUUUUAAACAUGUUUCCUGUGAUCUUUUUUCCCCCUUUCUUAAAAAAGGUUCAUUUGAAUGUAGAUUAUUUGGGGAAUGUACAUUUUAGUGAAUUAGCUGAGAGACUCGGCACAUCUACAACUUUUGGAAAACACUAACUUUUUAUAAUAAAGAAAUUAUUGUUUUUUUUAAA